UAUCAAGGGUAUAAGAAAAAGAAAUUGUAGUGACAAGGAGUGCUUCAGAAUUAGGGAGUGAGAACAAAUUUGCAAACCCUAAUUCCUUCAUUUCCCUUUUCCAUGGCGUCCCAAGGCAAAAGAGGUGGAGUAUCGCUUCCUGCCAGGCCCAGCGAUUCCAACUCCGUACUGGCCAAGAUCUCGCGCUCCUCCAUUGUCGUCCGUGGUAGGGAGGCUGCCGGCGACGCAGCCUUUGUGGCGAAGAAGCUCCUCCAAAGCACCGGCAAGGCGGCCUGGAUCGCCGGCACCACCUUCCUCGUCCUCGUCGUCCCUCUCAUUGUGGAGAUGGACCGCGAGCAGCAGCUCAACGACCUCGAGCUCCAACAGGCCAGCCUCCUUGGCACCCCUGCCCCCAAAUAAAUACGAGGUUUUCUCAGAUCCGUUCCUUCCAUUUCAAACCACUCGCUGCAUGCGCUUCUGCCUGCUUCUAGGGUUUCCGCUUCCAAUAAUUUUACCUUUCUAGAUUUUGAUAAAAAGGAACACUUUCUGUGAGAAGUUUUUGUGUAUUUUUACUGUUGAUACUGUCAUUAGUUGUUACAAAGUUGGUCGCCCGAUUGUGAUUUACCUGCUGUUUUUAAUAGAAUGAUUAUGUCUCACUAUGCAUUGAGAUGCUUUAUUU